CCUCUCACAUAAACCCGCGCUUAUUUCUUUUUCUCUCACCUAAUUUCCGUCCUCGUGUUGGCGUUGCUCGCCUGGGUUUGGAUCCGAGCGGGGGGGCUCGGGCCGGCGGAUGCUGUAGAGGAAUGGCGGAGGCUGUCGCGUCCGCGGGCAGGCUCGCCAUGGAGCCCUCGACCUCCGUCACGCCCGGCCAGGUUUCUGCUAUUCUGGGCUUUCUAUGGGUUUUCGCAGCAUGGGCGUAUGCUGAGGUUCUCUUCCAUAGGAAGAAUACUGCUUCUAUUAAAACUAGACAUUCAGAUGUCAAUCUAGCAGUAAUGGAUAACAUUUCAGUCAAAGCAGAAGACCAGACAAUGUUGUUGGAGGAGGGCGGCCAAGCAGUGGUUGCAAAGCCAGCUUACACUUCCCUCACAUCACAAAUACUCAGACUUAUCUUCAUGGACCAGAUGCUUCUUCUGGAGAACCGUUUAACACUGAGGGCAAUAUCUGAGUUUGGAGGGUAUCUACUUUAUUUUUACAUAUGUGAUCGUACAAACUUGCUCGGAGAGUCUGCCAAGAAUUACAGCCGAGAUCUGUUCCUUUUCCUCUACUUUCUUCUUAUCAUCGUAGCAGCUAUGACUUCCUUUAAGGUCCAUCAGGACAAGUCAGCAUUCACAGGAAAAUCUAUACUGUACUUGAAUAGGCAUCAAACCGAAGAAUGGAAGGGUUGGAUGCAGGUGCUAUUCUUGAUGUACCAUUACUUCAAUGCUAAAGAAAUCUACAAUGCAAUCCGUGUGUUCAUUGCUGCAUAUGUCUGGAUGACUGGAUUUGGCAAUUUCUCUUAUUAUUAUGUGAGGAAGGAUUUCAGUCUUGGAAGAUUUGCUCAGAUGAUGUGGCGCCUCAAUUUCUUUGUGAUAUUCUGCUGCAUUGUCCUGAACAAUGACUAUACACUCUAUUAUAUUUGUCCUAUGCACACCCUUUUCACCCUCAUGGUUUAUGGUGCUCUUGGAAUUCUAAACAAAUAUAAUGAGAUUAGAUCAGUGAUGGCAAUGAAAUUUGUUGCUUGCUUCUUGGUGGUUGUCCUGGUUUGGGAAGUUCCAGGUGUCUUUGACAUAGUAUGGAGCCCAUUCACAUUUCUUCUAGGCUAUACCGAUCCUUCUAAACCAGAUCUCCCCCGGUUGCAUGAAUGGCAAUUCCGAUCUGGACUGGAUCGCUACAUUUGGAUUAUUGGGAUGAUAUAUGCAUAUUACCAUCCAACUGUUGAGAAGUGGAUGGAGAAGCUGGAAGAAACUGAAAUGAGAACCAAACUCUAUAUUAAGGCCUCAAUAGUUACAGUGUCAUUGAUGGCUGGUUAUUUGUGGUAUGAAUACAUUUAUAAGCUGGAUAAGAUUACUUACAACAAGCUGCAUCCAUAUACUUCCUGGAUCCCCAUAACUGUCUAUAUAUGCCUACGCAACUUCACUCAAGAAUUCAGGAGCUUCUCCUUCACACUAUUUGCCUGGCUUGGAAAGAUUACACUAGAGACAUACAUAUCUCAGUUCCAUAUCUGGCUCAGAUCAAGUGUGCCCAAUGGGCAACCAAAAUGGCUAUUGUCAAUAAUCCCAAAUUAUCCACUGCUCAAUUUCAUGCUCACUACUGCGAUAUAUGUUGCGGUUUCCCAUAGGCUCUUCGAAUUGACUAAUACCUUGAAGACGGUAUUUGUACCAAAUCGUGACAACAAGCGCCUCUCAUACAAUUUUGUGGCAGGAGCUGCCAUUUCGGCUGCACUGUACUUUGUAUCAUUUGUUCUAAUUGGCAUUGCAGGAUACUAGGAAGUCUAGUUAUUGCCCUUUCUUUUGUUCAAUUAGUUACAACGACAAAGCCUGAUCGACAGAGCAAAUUUAAGGCGACACAGCACGCACUGCUAGGGGGGCUGCUAUUUCAGUCACUGGACUCGGGUUUUAUCUGAGUUACAUGGUGAAGGAAAAAAUUGCUGUGCAAGGCAGAAGAUCUCGAAGAGUGUAACAUAUGAGUGAACCCCAAUCCCAAGAGGGGAUAUGAUAAAAAAAAUAUAUAUAUAUAUCCCUGUAUAGGCGUUGGAACGCAAACCGACUUAGCGAGUGAUCACGUCAGCUGUGAAAAUCAGAUUUUGUUCCUUGUUUUGUUUAAAAGCUUGAAAUAGACAGAAUGGUUCCUCCUUUUUUGGGGGGGUUUAAAGCAUGAAAGUCAGAGGCCUCAUAUUUUUCCUCCGGUUA